UUCAUUCAGUGGGAUCGUCCGAACAAGGGUGACCAUUGGCCUGGCUACGGCGACUAUGUUGAUAAGGACUAUGACCCGAACCGCUGGGAGGGUCUUCCUAUGAACGUCGAUUACUACAGAUCCAACGGCAUCAAGCAGCUCCAGAACAUGGGCGUGAACGCUACCGUAUAUAACCCCUACCCCGACUACAACUCAUCCCAAUACAAGAAGAGAUGGGCAGGCGAGUACGCUUCCUGCAAGGGCCCUCGCGGUCAGACACUCGACAAGAGCCCGGAAGAUUUGGUCAAGGCCUGGACACAACUCCCACAAAACUUUCCCAACAUCAGUGUCGGAACUGAUUUGGGCAUCGACCUUCAUUCAUGCUUUGACCGCGAGUCGCGCUACGCUCCUUACGACAGCUCCUCCGCGAAUGCGCCCAACUGGGAGACGGUCAAAUGGGGCCAGCUUCAAAACGAGUGUUUGGACAAGAACAAGGAGAGAUAUGGCGAACACCAGCGCAAGCCUAUGCAACUCAGACCCAGCAGGACUAUGCCCAAGGACGAUGAUUCUGCGAAGGCCGAGUCCACAGCUGGUCCUAAGCCUCAUCACCGCACUGCUAUUCUGAUCCGCACCUGGGAAGGAUACACAUACACUGAGAACGACCUCCAAGCCAUUCGCUCCCUGGUCACCGAAACCUCUCUUCUCAGCGGUGGAGAGUACCAAGUCUACCUCUUUGUCAAUGUCAAGCAACGUGAUGCUGACAUCUAUGAUAACGAAGAGACCUACAACAGUAUCCUGCAUCAAGUGGUCCCUGCUGAACUUCGCGAUAUCUCAGUCCUCUGGACCGAGAAGGUAUGCGAAGAGUGGUACCCCAAGGUUGGUGACUGGCAGGUGUACUGGAUGCAAUUCAUGCCUCUGCAAUGGUUCUCCAAGACUCAUCCUGAGUUUGACUAUAUCUGGAACUGGGAGACGGAUGCUAGAUACACCGGUAAUCCAUACCAUUUCCUCGAGCAAGUCAGCUAUUUUGCUUCAAAGAUGCCCAGAAAGCAUCUUUGGGAGAGAAACGCUCGUUUCUAUCUACCUGAAUCUCACGGAGACUAUCAAUCUUACCUUGCAGAUACUGACGGAGCCAUUGUUAAUGCAACAAAGCAAGGCAUCAUGACCCCCGUUUGGGGAGCUCAACCCUAUGCCGCAACACAAAUUCCUCUGGGUCCAACACCACCCGGCAAACAAGAAGACGACGAUUUUGCGUGGGGCGUUGAUGAACAGGCUGACCUGAUCACACUUCAGCCAAUUUGGGAUCCGAAUGAGACACAGUGGUCUUACCGCCACAAAAUCUGGAAUUUUAUUCCCGACGUACGUCCCAUCUUUACCGCCGAGAACGGAGCUGCCGAAGGUUUCUAUCACGAAGGCUUCGAAAAGAUUUCUAGACGCGUCUUCAUUAAUACUCUGGCCCGCUUCAGCAAGAGGAUGCUGCAUGCCAUGCAUGAAGAAAACCGCGAAGGCCGCUCUAUGCAAGCAGAGAUGUGGCCUGCCACCGUCGCUCUCCAACACGGCCUGAAAGCUGUCUACGCUCCCCACCCAAUCUGGUCCUCGCAUCACUGGCCCGCGUGGUAUGCUGACGCAAUCUUCAAUGCUGAUGGCGGUGUUCCUGCUCGCUGGUCUCAACAGUUUGACUCGGCGUACGCCCACGACCGUGAAGUCAACUUCAAGACCUGGUCUUGGUACUACUCGACCGACUUCCCAAGGACGCUAUUCUGGCGCUGGUUGGGCUGGGAAGCCGAGGAUGCAGGCCUGGGCAGCUGGGGCGGCAAGCAAGACGAGGAAGAAGGUAAAGAAAUCAGAGGAAUUGGUAUGGUAGGAGGAGAGGGCAAGAUGUGUCUGCCUGGUAUGCUGUUGCAUCCUGUGAAGAAGGUCUCGAGG